UGGCGCUAGUCGGUCGUGUGUCGCGCUUCGUUUUGUCGUUCGUUCGUUCGUUUCGUUUUCGUUUUUGAUUUCGUGUUUUUGUUUGGCUGCUUUGGCAGCAGCUUUGCUUGCCGUUAAAUGGUACAAGCUUCUUUUGCGUUGCUUUCAGUGUAACUUUAUGCAUGCAACCGAUAAAAACGUAAGCGUGUGUAUCGGCUGUGUUUCAGUUUCAUUCGUUUCGCAUCUCGCAGCAUUGGCAGCCGGCAUUCUCAGUCGACUGACUACUACACAGUUCUACGCGUGCGUGCGUGCGUUCGUUUGUUCGUGCGUGCGUGCUUUUGAUUUAAAUGGCGUUUUAAGACGGAUGUGCUGUAAUUUGCACAUAAGUACAAGUCCACACACCAACACCAACGUACAGAGUGUAGUGUCAAUAAAUUUAAACACACGCGGCAGCCCGUGGGGCGUAGCAUGUGCCUAGCCUUUUUGAUUACAAACAAAACAACAUCGCAACGGCAACGGCAACAACAACGACAACAACAGCAGCGGCGCGUGAUUACAACGCCCCAGCAAUAGCAAUAGCAAUACGAAUAGCAAUAGCAAUAGCAAAAGUAACAUCAGCACAACAAGAACAUCAGCAACAGCCGUUGAUCGAAUUAAGUGUGCAUCGUAUGAGUGUGUGUGUGUGCGUUGAUUGCUGUUUGCUGCGCCCGCGGCUGCGUGUCCGGCAAUUGAGCGGAUAUGCAAGAAAAGUGUAACAACACCCCCGCCCAGGAAGCUGGCUGCAAUAAGUGCUAAUAAGUGACCCACCGGAUGUAUUUAUGAAUUUAUGCGUUUGACGCCCAACUCAAAUUGCCGGGCAGCAACACUGACAGCGACCGCGACUGCGGCAGCGGCAGAGGGAGAGACAGCAAAAGCAAGCAACAAGUGCGUUGGAAUAGUGGAACAGAACACAAUUCGGUUAUGGCUUGCCGCCUCGUCAAAUAACAUUUGCCUAUGAGCCAGCUGCCUCUCGGUCACACACUCCACUCUCUCUUUCUAUGAACUGUGCUACGUCCUCCCUCCCCACCUGUUCUCCUGGUCUUGGUCUUGGUCGCGGACUGCAGCGCGUCACGCACCGUGAAGCUUCGCGCUUCGUCUGCAAAACUUUGCACAAUGCGGCUGGCGAUGUCGCUGCCCCCGCGUUGGCCUGCCGUCGCUAAAGCAAAAGCAAAAGCAAAUGCUAAAGCUAAAGCACCUUAACAACAACUAAAAUCACCCAAAGAGGAACCAAACCAAUUGCAAUUUCAACUACCGCCCGCUUGGUGCGUUGGAGUGCGAGCAAGACUGAGAGUCUCCCCGUGUUUUUGUGUUCGUUCAGUGUUUAUUGUGUACUUGUGUUUGGUUAUCAUUGAUUUGGCGGGUAGCAUGCAGCAGAAGCAAACGGUAACAGCUGCUGCGACAAAAGAGACUAACUACAAUAGUUGCAGCGAUUAUUUCAAGCAUCACCGCCGUCGUCGUCGUCCUCGUCGACUUCCACGUCCACGUCCACGUCCUCAUCGUCAUCGUCGUCGUCACCGUCGUGUCGCGCCAUCUCUGUCUCCGUCUUCGUCUUCGUCUCCGCGGCAAACGCAGUUGUUGCAGUUGCAGUUGCUGCAAUUCCAAGUCGUCGCAGUUCUGUAACGUGGCCAGAACGUUGCCGGGCAAUUAUUGUUUUGUAAGACGUUUUACAAUUUAAUGGUUUUCAUGAAUGGACUGGGAUCCGACCCUCUGUCAGCAAAGGAGGCAGAGGGCCCUCCGGUUCAAGUUGAACCAGUUGAUUUGAGUUUACGUUCGCCGCGCGCGAGCACUUCGCAUGCCAGCGGCAGCAACAGCAACAAUCACAGCAACAACUAUAACAAAUCCGCCACCAAAGCAUCCGCCAGCAACAAGAGUAACUAUAGUAAUGGGAAGCAUUCGGGGGCAUGCUCAUCCUCCGCCUCCAGUUAUGCAACAGGCGGUGGCUCAACGCUGGGGGCCUUUGGUCGACAACACCAGCAGCAGCAGCACCAUCAGCAGCAGCAACAGCAGCAGCAACAGCUGUACGCUUCCGGCGUCUCCAAGUUGCCAUUUUCGCCAUUCUUUGCAGCAUCGCCAUUCUUCUUCACUUAUCGACGGAUCAGCAAGCAGGAAGACAACAACAACAGCUGCAGCUACAACAACGGCACCAGCAGCAGCAGCAACCACAGCGCCACCAACAGCAGCAGCCUCAGCAGCAGCGCCAACAGCAGCGCUCUAAUGCAGGACUAUGAUCGCAAGUUCAGUUUGUUGAGUCUCUUCAAGAAUCCCUACAAGUUCACCGAGGCCCAGACGCAGCGCAAAUGCAAUUCGCUGAGCAGCAGCGGCAACAGCAACGGCAGCAGCACCAGCCAAAAGGCGUCGCUCACAGGAACAGCUGCGGGGGCGGGAGCGGGAGCUGUUUGUUCGCCAAGCUGGAAGAGCUAUGCGGGUGCCGGCUCACCGCAUGCGGCACUUAAUCCCGCCUUUGGUGGCAUGGCACUUGGUGGCAGCAGCAGCAGCGGCGGCGGCGCCACGCGAAAGGACAGCAGCAGCUUUAGUGGCAUUAACUUUGGCGGCAGCGGUGGCGCCUCCGCGUUCAGUCGCGACACUGCAUCCAAUGGCGGCUACAAUGAUCUCUCCAAGAACCGCAAGGUACACAAAUGCGAUACCGAGGGCUGCGACAAGGUCUACACCAAGAGUUCGCAUCUCAAGGCGCACAAGCGCACGCACACAGGUGAGAAACCGUAUGUGUGCACCUGGGAGGGCUGCAUCUGGCGCUUUGCCCGCUCCGACGAGCUGACCCGCCAUUACAGAAAGCACACCGGAGUGAAGCCUUUCCGCUGUCAGCUGUGCACCCGGAGCUUCAGUCGCUCCGAUCAUCUAUCGCUCCACAUGCGACGACAUUGAGUGCCACCAGAGGCCAUAGGAAAAUAUACUCACACACAUUUCUCAACACAUUCCAGUACACAGGAGACAAAGGGAACGUCGUUUCCUUAUUAUUUAUAAAACACUCUGUUUCAUACAUCCAUUAUAUCGCUGUUGUAUCGUUCAGUUUUUAUGACCUAAUGCAUAAGUAGCUCAAUUUAGCACUAUAAUGGGCUUAAAGUCCAGACUAGAUAUAGCGAACUUUAGCUGAUAAUCGAAACGAAAAGAGUUUUUUAAAAAUCUUUUCGAAUCUUCACAGACGUUGCCUUCAAGAAGCCAAGUUAACAAGCGGUACUACGAGUAUAAAAAAUCACAAAUUACUACAUCUAUAUCAAUAAAAAAGAUAUAAAUUGAUUUCGAUAUGGAUUGUAUAACUACCAUAUAAGUAGAAGCAUAGCAUAUUUAUUUGUAUUGGUGCUAGCAACUUGUGUGUACAUACUAAACUAGAUACGUUUUACAUAUCGAUCGAUUAGCCAGUAAUGCGAUUUAACUAAUUUUAGCUCAAAUUUUUAUACUAUAUAUAUUGGAUGUUAAGUAGAAAAUUGUAUACAACUAAAACGAACAAAAGAAAAAAACAGAAAACAAAUUAAAAGACAGGCACAAGAGGCAGCUGCAGCCAAGCAAUAUUUAUAAAUGACAAUAAUCUAUACUACUAUAAACUAUAUUAAAUGCUCAUAGAAUUACUUAAAACUAUCGAAUACAUUUGUACCAUAUGCAGAUGGCAGUUGCUGUUCAACAGUUUGAAAAUUUCUUCACAUUCAAUUCACUUUCUUUAAGAACCUGAACAUUUGAUUACUCCUCCUUUCUAAUUUGAUAAUUGCAAAAUCAAUUCAUGUUUAAGUAUUGACUUUAAUCGGUGUUUUUUGCCCAGUUAACAGCUUUAGUGUCUCUUUUGAUCAUCAUACUUGAAGAUAUUCGUAUUUAUUGCACUCUGAUGAGUUUUUAAUAUAAUUCUAAAGUAUUUUAACGAUUGUUGUGUAUCUCUCUCGAUCUUAAUUGAUUUUUACUGUAAUCCCAGAUCAGAGAAUCGAUAAAUUGAAACUGCAGCACUGAAAGAUCCGCAACUGCCACGUAGAUUUAAAGAAUCCACAGACAGAGAUAGACAAUUUAACUGCAAGCAUCAAGAGUAAAAAAAAAAAACAGAUAAAGAGAACAAAACAAA